GAGUCGCGAUUUUCGCCGUCUUCAUCUCAUUGUCGCCGGAGCGUGUUUUGUUCACCAUUGUCGCCAUUUUCGCCAUUUUCAUUCUAGCAUUGUCGCCCGUUAUCAUCGCAUUCUCCAUCAGAAAUGGCUCGUGAACCUACACUGGCUGAGGAUCUUAGAGAAACAAAAAGAAGAAGAAGAGAGUACCGGACAGCAGCAAUUCUAGAUUCACAAGCAGCUCAGAGCUCUAAUCCAACUAGUGAACAACCAGCAGCAGCCCUAAAUUCACAAGCAGCUCAGCGCUCACGCCCUGCUAAGGAAACAACUGUUGCAGAGACUUCAACGAGACGGCGCCGACGAACUAGAGAACACAGGAGAGAUUACUUCAAUACGAGGAUGGGGCCAAAGCUGAUGUUUGAUCUUGUCCAGAGGCUCUCACCACGACAGAAACAAGCUGUCGUAGAAACUGGAUUUGGUGGACUUCUUCAUCUCCAACUCUGCACCAAUGAAUCAAAGUUGGUGCAAUACCUGCUGGACAACUUUAAUGUUUGCAGGUGUGAUUUUGUAUUAGAGGAUGAUAGUCUCCACAUUGAAGAGGAAGAUGUCGAAUACACGUUGGGAAUCCCGCGAGGGCCUCUGAAGGUCAAUGAGGGGACAAAGAUGGAAGACACCUCAACCCGUGAAUACAAACUGCUGCUGACUUCAUGGAGAAGGAGGUGGGGUAUUACAGCAGGCUCGCCAAUAACUACACAGAUGCCAGAUGAGAUUGUUAGGAGAGCUGAUCAUGGUGAUGAGUUCAAGAGGGAUUUCGUAGUCUUUGCCGUUUCCUCCAUGCUUCGAGGAAACACAACACGCUACUCCAAGUACAGGAUCUUAAACUCAUUGAUUGAUGUUGAUAUGAUUAAAGAGUACAAUUGGUGCGCCUACACAUACCAAUCUCUCAUUGACUCGAUAGAUAGUUACAACGAAGAUAGAAAGAGAAGCUUUUGGGGGCCAAUGACAUUGAUAUUGGUCAGUUCUUAUUGUCUUUAA